UCAAAAGAAAAAAUAAAAGUAUUAGAACUUUUAGAAAUGGCGAGAUCCAGGCCUCAAAACAUAUAUAGAUUAGCACAAAAAGUGGCAUUUCAUUCUGAAAAAGCCUUGUUUACGGUUUUUACUUCGCCAACUGGGAUGUAUGAGGAACAUGUUCAAGAGACGGUUGAAUUUGAGGCGGUUAUACAGUUAUGUGUCAACGGUUGGGCGGAUGUUUGCUUUGUGCAUUGGUUCACAAUGUAUUUAUAUGCAGCUGGGGAACGAGAGGGUUUAAAUAAUACUGCAUAUUUUCAUCCCCGUUAUAUUGAAGGUGAACUUGUCUCAGAUGAUGGUGACUUUGUGAUUGACCACAUCAAAAAGGUCACCUCUUUUCAUAAGGACAAACAAUGGUUUAUUGCACCAUACAUAGCCGGGGUAUUCAAUUUGUUUCAUAUCAAGAUCAUUUAUAUUAAAGCUUCAACCUUCUUUUAGUUAUGUUAGAAUAUUGUUUUUGUUUUUAUUUAUUAAGUGUUUCUUAAA